GUCUUGUUAACGAGUUGGUAUAAAGUGUUGACUGCUCCAGCUGUUGUCAAAAAUCCAAAAAAUGUCAGAGUCCAAUGCAGAAGCUGUUGGUGGCAGCAAAUCGGCAUCCAGUGGUGAGACAAAGUCAGAUGAUAACAUAGAUGCUCUGAUUGAUGCAUUGGAUAAAAUGGAGAGGCCUGCUGAAAUAGAAAAUAAGACAUUUGAAGAACAACUGGAGAGCCUAGGCAGUCACCCAGCCUUCAUGAAGGAGUGGGAUCCAGCUGUUCCCCUCUCUGACGAUAUGGAGGGACUAAUGAGGCUGAAAUAUGAGGCUGAAGAUCCUACUGCAAAGGCAGAGGCUUACAAGGAUGAUGGUAACCAUGAAUUCAAGAAGAAGAAGUACCAUGUCGCAGCAGAUAACUACACAGAAGGGAUCAAGUGUAAAUGUCCAGAUCGACUCCUUAAUGCCGUUCUCUAUACAAAUAGAGCAGCCGCACAGUUCCAUAUAGGAAACUUCAGGUCAGCAUUCAAUGACUGUGUGUUUGCCAGGAAAUUCCAGCCAGACCACUUAAAGGCCAUACAUAGAGGUGCACUAUGCUGCCUGGAGAUGAAGAAGUAUGGAGACUGCAUAACCUGGUGUGAUGCUGCCCUACAUCUGGAACCGACAAAUGAGAAAUUUUUGGAAAUAAGACAGAAAGCAUCUAAGUUACAGAAAGGGAUAGAGCGUGACAAGAGGAAGGAAGAACUCCGGGAGAAAAAAGUCAAGGCAAAGGAAACCAGGCUUCUGGAGACAAUACAGCAACGUGGUGUGAAAAUGAGGGGCCUGAAGGUAGACAAGGAAGGUGAGCUGAAGAUGGAGGGAGUGCUGGGGGUUAAACAAGGGGCCCGCGUUACCAUGGAUGCCAACAGUGUUCUCUACUGGCCGGUCAUGCUUCUCUACCCAGAAUACUCGGAGACUGACUUCAUACAGAUGUUCUGUGAGAGCCACAGGUUGAUAGAUCACUUGAGCCACAUGUUUGGUGCUGAAACUGAGCCUCCCCACUGGGACCCAGAUAGGCGUUACAAGCCCCACACCGUCAAUAUGUACUUUGAAGACAGGGACAGUGAAAAACUUAUAAAGGUGAACAAAGAAUCCACUCUUUCCAAGGUGCUGAAACAUAAAAAAUAUGUCGUAUAUGAUGGGACGCCGUCAUUUUUCUUGACUGUGGCUGGAUCAGAGUUUGAGAAAAUCUUCCUGGAAAAGUACAAGUCUUAAUCUUCCCGCAGAAACUACUGUUCAUGUUCAUUCUUUGUCAGGUUAUUUGCUGCAAUAAACUUGUUCA